CAGGCCGGCAGGCAGGCGGCGAGGGCCGGACCCUGACGACGCUCGCGACCAAGGCCCGCGAUGGUGAUCUGCUGCGCGGCCGUGAACUGCUCGAACCGGCAGGGCAAAGGCGAGAAGCGCGCCGUCUCCUUCCACAGGUUUCCCCUAAAGGACUCCAAACGCCUGAUCCAAUGGUUAAAAGCUGUUCAGAGGGAUAACUGGACCCCGACUAAGUAUUCAUUCCUCUGUAGUGAGCAUUUUACCAAAGACAGCUUCUCCAAAAGGCUGGAGGACCAGCACCGCUUGCUGAAGCCCACAGCUGUGCCCUCUAUCUUUCACCUGACAGAAAAGAAGAGGGGGGCUGGAGGCCAUGGCCGUACCAGGAGAAAGACCACAGGGGCCAUGAGAGGGCACACAAGCACAGCAGCAGGGAAAGCCACAGGUUCCUCACUGUCCUCAAGUGAUAACUUGAUGGCCAAGCCUGAGACCCGAAAGUUGAAACGAGCUGCUCUACAAGGUAAUGCCACCCCCAGGACCACCCCCGUUGUCAGUCAGGAGCAGGUGCAGUCUCUGGAAAGAACUCCAGGAGAUGGACUGGCCACACCAUUAGCCGGCAACCAGGGAGAGGCAGAAGUGUCAGCUGCAGAGGCCAGCCAACAGAAGGCUUCUUCCUCUGCUGAUGCAGGCGGGGCAGACAAGAGUGGCAUUUCCAUGGAUGACUUCACGCCCCUAGGAUCUGGAGCUUGCAAGUUCAUAGGCUCACUUCAUUCUUACAGUUUUUCCUCCAAGCACACUCGAGAGAGACCAUCUGUCCCCCGUGAGCCCAUGGACCGAAAGAGGCUGAAGAGAGAUGUGGAGCCGAGGUGCAGUGGGAAUAGUGUGGCCCAGAGUCCCCCAAGAUCCUCCCUUACAGCAACCCCUCAGAAGCCCUCCCAGAGCCCCUCUGCCCCUCCCACUGAUGUCACCCCAAAACCAGCUGCAGAAGCUGUGCAGAGCGAGCACAGUGAUGCCAGCCCCAUGUCCAUCAACGAGGUCAUCCUGUCAGCCUCAGGGGCCUGCAAGCUCAUCGACUCCCUGCACUCGUACUGCUUCUCUGCCAGGCAGAACAAGAGCCAGGUGUGCUGCCUUCGAGAACAGGUGGAGAAGAAGAAUGGGGAGCUGAAGAGUCUGCGGCAGAAGGUCAGCCGCUCCGACAACCAAGUGCGCAAGCUUCGGGAGAAGCUGGACGAGCUUCGGAGAGCCAGCCUUCCCUACCUCCCCUACCUGAGUGGCCUGCUGCCCCCCAGUCAAGAGCCUCCCAAGAUGAACCCAGUGGUGGAGCCGCUGUCCUGGAUGCUGGGCACCUGGCUGUCAGACCCUCCAGGAGCCGGGACCUUUCCAACACUGCAGCCCUUCCAGUACCUGGAGGAGGUGCACAUCUCCCAUGUGGGCCAGCCUAUGCUCAACUUCUCGUUCAACUCCUUCCAUCCAGACACGCACAAGCCAAUGCACAGAGAAUGUGGCUUCAUUCGUCUCAAGCCUGACACCAAUAAGGUGGCCUUCAUCAGUGCCCAGAACACAGGCAUCGUGGAAGUGGAGGAGGGUGAGGUGAACGGACAGGAGUUGUGCAUCGCAUCUCACUCCAUCGCCAAAAUCUCCUUUGCCAAGGAGCCCCAUGUAGAGCAGUAUUUUCACAGAGUUGUGAAACCACCUCACUUAUUUUACCACCCCAGCCCUCAAAAGAAACCCAGUGCCCUUCAGCCAUCACCUCUGAGCCCUGUUUCUGGCAGCCUUUGUCCACCACUCAUCUGCCUUCUCCACAGACCGGCCUGCUCUGACAUUUCAUAAGGAUGAGCCCGCCUACUGCUGCUCUUUUGUCUUUUGUGUCUGGCUUUCUUCUGCUUAGCGUGUUCUCAAAGUGUAUCCAAGUUGGAAAGUGCCUUUUAGAAGAAGGAAAAAGGGUAGCUUCAUUUUUAUUGGUAAGAAGCUGUUGUGGGCUGGAGAGAUGGCUCAGCGGUUCAGAACACUGA